AUGGAUACUUAUCUCUUUUCUUUAAUUGUUCCAAUCUUCGUUUUCGUUUUGAUCGCUCUUUUUAAGAAACUAAAGAAGCCAAAUCAUGUAAAAGCUCCUGAACCGAGGGGUGCAUGGCCAAUCAUCGGCCACCUUCACCUUCUCGGUGGCAAGGACCAACUUCUCUACCGAACCUUAGGAGAAAUGGCUGACCAUUACGGUCCAGCCAUGUCGCUACGACUUGGGAGCAAUGAAGCAUUUGUUGUGAGCAGUUUUGAGGUGGCUAAAGAUUGUUUUACUACAAACGACAAAGCCUUGGCUUCACGUCCUAUGACUGCAGCCGCAAAGCACAUGGGUUACAAUUUUGCUGUUUUCGGGUUUGCGCCUUAUAGCUCUUUCUGGCGCGAGAUGCGUAAGAUCGCAACCGUCGAGCUACUCUCUAACCGGCGGCUUCAGAUGCUCAAGCACGUCCGUGUUUCUGAGAUCUCAAUGGGUGUGAAAGAUUUGUAUUCCUUGUGGGUAAAUAAAGGUGGUUCAGAACCAGCAAUGGUUGAUCUAAAGACAUGGUUAGAGGACAUGACGCUGAACAUGAUCGUGAGAAUGGUGGCCGGAAAGCGAUACUUUGGAGGCUCAGCAUCCCCUGAGGACACCGUAGAGUCGAGGCAAUGCCAAAAGGCUAUCGCAAAGUUCUUUCACCUCAUCGGUAUAUUCACUCUGUCCGAUGCAUUUCCGACACUAACGUGGUUUGAUAUGCAAGGACAUGAGAAGGAGAUGAAGAAAACGGGUAGCGAAUUAGAUGUGAUCCUUGAAAGAUGGAUCGAGAGUCAUCGACAACAACGAAAAGUUUCAGGAAAGAAAGAGAAUAAUGAUGCAGACUUCAUUGAUGUUAUGUUGUCGCUUGCGGAACAAGGCAAACUCUCACAUCUUCAAUAUGAUGCAAAUACUAGCAUCAAAUCUACUUGCCUGGUACAUCUUUAA